GAGAGAAGAAAGAAAGGAGAGAAAGAAGCUGUGAUAAGGAGAGGGGAUAGCGUCGUGGGCCCGUUUUCUCUCGCGGGGCCCGCCGGCAGUCAGUCCGCGCGCGAGUCUCAACCUGCUCACACGGCUCUGCUCAGUGUGUAUGUGUGUGUGUGUGUACGUGAUAUACAGCUGUGUUGCACACACGAGAAAGAUCCUUUCGCCGCAGAAUCAGAGCGUCGGGGCCGCGACCGAGUGAACGGACGAACUUCUAUACACUUCGACGGGCGAGAGAGGUGACGUGACGGUGCGGUUUGAAUUUCCCGCCGAAAGUGGAAUUUUCGCGCUGUGAUUGUUGUUCUCUAACACGUAUAAUACUGUGGGCCAUCGUUCCAGUGAUAUUUCAGUGCAGUGAAGAGGCGAAGGCGUAGCGGCUUCCUCCACCACCAGAUUCUCUGCGAUAAUCGAGCAGAUGCCGGACGACGCGAUGAGUAACGACUGGUGAAUCUCAAGAAAGUUGUUGUUGUUUUAUAAUCCAGUGCGAGGGUCGUCAGCAUGGUCGCGAUGGAGCACAAGAGGAAGACGUCCUGGGACUCGAAGAUCUCAGUGAGCACAGUGAGCACGCGUCGCUUCAGCCGAGCCGGAACCCCGAGCUCGAUCCUCUCCUCGGACAGCGACAUCCGGUUCACUCGCAAGCUCGGCAGCCAGUACAGGUGCGGCUGCUGCGUCCUCGCGGCCUUCCUCCUCUUCCUCCUCUUCGCCGGCGUCUCCGUAUACCUCGGAUACACGUUCCUGCUGUCGGACCUCCCCAGCGACCAGAUCUUCCUGGCGACGUUUCGAGUGACAGAAGGCGACGCUUUCAGCCCAGACCUGGCGGAUCCAUCGACCGAGGCCUUCCGUCAACGUUCCCGGGCCUACCGGGACCGCUUGAAUCUCGUCUUUCGGCGCAGCCCACUGCAGAUGCCCUUCAUCGGCGCCGAGAUUCUCGCCCUCGAUGGAAUCGAGGGCGAGGACCUGCAGGUGCACUUCGACGUGCGCUUCGACUCGCGUUACGGUAGCCUCGAGUCGAGCGACGUGCUCGAGGUGCUCGCGAGCGAGAUCGAUCCCUCGACGACUCGUUUCUUCGCCAACCUGACCAUCGACCCCGCCAGCCUCGAAGUCCAGGAGAGCAUAAGCGCCGCGAAUAAAUUAGCUCUGCAGACCAACUCGACGACGGCCGAGAUCCCGAGCUCCACCACGACGCCCAGACCGCCCAGGAGGUGUAGCCCCAUCGAGUUCUCCUACUGCAAGCAUCUGCCCUACAACGUCACGUCCUACCCGAACUUCUUCGGGCACAACGACGCCCGUGAGGUCAACGACGAUAUCAUCGCUUUCAGGGAGCUGGUCGACGCGGAGUGUUACAAGCAGGCGUACGACUUCAUCUGCCAAGUCCUUCAGCCGGCCUGUCUCGAAGGGGACGAGGAGGACGUCCUCAGUCCGCCGUGUCGCGGCUUCUGCAAGGAAUUCUGGUCGGGCUGCGGUAGCCGACUACCCGAGCGCCUCAAGGCCGCCCUCGACUGCGCCAAGUUUCCCGAGUACGCGGACGAGGGCAGCUGCCGAUCCAAGCCCGGCUGCAUCAGGGAGCUGCAGGCGAGCGCACUGUCGUCGCGCAUCUGCGACGGGGUGAUCGAUUGCCCGGACUUUUCCGACGAGAAGGACUGCGCCUACUGCCGUGAGGACCACGUGCACUGCGGCAUAGGCACCGCUUGCAUACCGCGCGUCAAGCGCUGCGACGGCAAAAUCGAUUGUCCCAGCGGCAGUGACGAGAAGGACUGUCUGUCACUGGCCCCGAGCAUAAAGUCGCUGAAAUUGCGGCCGACGGAUAGCGCGCAGCCGUCGAGCUACACAGCCGAGGGCUACGUCGUGUUCAACGAGAAGGGCACCCACGGCAAAAUCUGCACCGAGAACUUGAACAACACUCUGCCGGACACGGAAAUGCAAUCGGUCCUACAGUCCACCGCCAACUCGCUCUGCACUCUCCUGACCUUCGAGGGUGUGCAGUCGGUGGAGGUGCGAGUCGACGAGGAGAGCAACGUGCCCUACGUCCAGAUGCAAGACCCGACUGCCCCGGAGAUCACGUUCAUCAGGUCGAGCUGCCCCAGCAGGCAGGUCAUGUACGUUCGCUGCUCCGAUCUCGCUUGCGGAGUACAGGCUGUCCGCUCGAAGUCGAGCCCCAAGAGCAUCGGGAAAAUAUCCGGACCGGGCGAUUGGCCCUGGCACGUGGCCCUCUUCAAAGAGGACAAUCACGUCUGCGACGCCACUCUCGUCUCGGCAAAUUGGCUCCUCACCACAGCCUCCUGCUUCCAGGGGCAACCAAAGGCCGAGUGGUCGGCUCGACUGGGCACCAUUAGGCUGACAAGCAGCUCACCGUGGCAGCAGGAGCGCCGCGUCGUGGGAAUGGUCAAGUCGCCGGUCGAGGGCAGCAGCACUGUCCUGCUGAAAUUGGACCGGGCCGUCGGCGCCUUCUCCGACUUUGUCAGACCGGUCUGUCUGCCGUCCACCAACAGCGAUCCCAUAGGCAACGCCAGCCAGUGCAAUACCCUCGGCUGGGCCAAAAAUCGUGAUUUAUUACAAAGAGUGCAGCUAAGGCACAGCGCGAUGGAGAAAUGCGAAAACGUCAGUAUAGCCGCGGUGAAUAGCGUUUGCACAGAGGCUGUUUACCCGAGCGACGACUGCACGGAGGAGGAGGUCGCGGGCAGUCCGCUGCUCUGUCUGCAACCCGACAAUCGCAGAUGGGCCCUUGUGGGCGUCGGCAGCUGGCGCAUCGCCUGUUCCAAGUCCGGCCAGGAGCGGCCGCGUCUCUACGACAAGAUCUCCUCCAAUCUCGCCUGGAUCAAGUCGACCAUCGUCGGCUGAGCUUUAACCGCCUCCCUGUACAUAGACACGCGUAGAGUCGAGCGCGUUUGUGUGUGUGUGUGUGUGUGAUUUCUAUGGGCUGUUUGCGCGAGCGUUUUUCGGACAAGCCGUGCGGGCGAGCUUUCGUUCGAGUACAGCCAGUGUAAAUAGGGGCGUGUUUUUUUCCGAGCUUGCAGCUAGCGUCCGGGUAAAUAAAUAUACAGCGCGCGAUGCAGGUGUUGAAUGCUUGGAGUUUCUUCGGUUUCGAAACGUAGUUUGUUUUUAUUAUUUUCAAGCUCUGUUGAUUGCUCUCGCGCGAGCGAUGAAAAGGGAAAAGUUCGGACAAUCAAGCGGCGUAAUUCCCGGAGUGAGAGAGAGAGAGAGAGAGAGAGAGAGAGAGAGAGAGAGAGAACUGCCUCAUUGUUAGCCCUCGACUUCGACUUCGAGCCACUUGAUUCAUACUUCGGCGAGUUAACGCUGUUUGCUGUGUUUGUAUAAAUCGCGCGCGUCUCGAGUUUUAUUUAGUUUCGUUCGCGCGCCCUCCGGCCUGCUAUGUAUGUAUAUACAUUACGUGAAUAAUGAAACUUUAUUUUACGCCCCGAGAGUAGCGAACAAUGUCAGCCGCGGACGAGAGAGAUGUAUAAUGAAACUGCAGAGUCGUGUGUUUAUUCGCGUGAUAUUGUUCCCCUAUAUAUUGUGUGGUGUGUAUCGAGAGCCGAUAUUAUAUUAUCGCGAAAGUGUAUAGUAUGAUAACAUAUUGUUCGUUAUAAGACAGUUUUUCGCAUAUGAAUUUUAUUGUGUAUAAUUUAUAUUCGCGCGUCUUAGAGUCUAACCUAUAAAUAACUCCGUAGAGUGUAUCGUUAGAUGGUAAGAGUGUCAUAAUUCGACCUAGAAUAAACGAGUGUAAAGUUUCUCGCUAGCCAAAUACAUCACACCCCCGCGCGCGCCUGUCGCCGCUGUGGAUUUAUAUCUUAUACAAUAUAUAUAUAUAAUAGAGUGAUAUUUUUUAAUCUUACAAAUUGGUUGUUAUGUACAAUAAAGAGACAAGUUGUUGGCAAAA